AUGAAUCGAACCGACGGAGAGCUCCAGCAGGCCGAGGCCGAUGCCUCAAACUGGGGCGAAGAAAAGUACAGUGCUUCGGCGGAGGGAGAUCGACCCACGACAUCAGGCACGACCGGCUCAUCGUCUGGCUCAAGCAGUUCAGUCGAGUAUGACCCAUAUGUCCACAGGCUGCAAUCGCGCAACACAGAAGUUGAUCUGGAGCGCCGACGAUCAACAACUUCACAAGCACUCAGCAGAAUUGAAACCCAGCGACUUCAACAUCAGCUUACCCUACCGAAUCGCGAUGACUACGUGGUGGAAUUUGAUGGCCCUGAUGAUCCUCUGUAUCCGCAGAAUUGGCCGCUUCGGACAAAGGUGUAUAUUGGUGCCAUGCUCGCCUUCACAAGUAUUUGUUCAACUUUCGAUUCCGCCAUCUUUAGCUCCUCAUCUCAAAACGUCUCGAAGCAUUUCGAUGUUGGCCUUGAAGUCUCCGUCCUGUCAAGCUCGCUGUACAUCGUCGGAUACGCGUCCGGGCCACUCAUCUGGGCACCACUAUCUGAGCUCAAAGGCCGCCGUCCAGGAAUUGUGGUUGCCAUGCUUGGGUUUGGAAUUUUUAACACCGCUGUUGCAGUAUCCAAAGACAUACAGACGCUUAUGAUCUGUCGCUUCUUCUGUGGUAUCUUUGGCAGUUCACCAUUGGCCGUCGUGGCUGCGGUUUUCUCUGACAUUUUCAACAACCGCACUCGUGGUGUCGCAAUUGCUUGUUUCUCCGGCACAGUCUUCCUGGGCCCUCUUAUUGCCCCCUUCAUCGGUGGAUUCAUCAAUAUGUCUUACCUUGGUUGGCGCUGGACCGCCUACAUUCCUGCCUUCAUGGGCUACGCUGCUUUCCUGAUGAAUCUUUUCUUUUUGAAAGAGUCCUACCCACCUGUCGUUCUUGUCGAAAAGGCCGCAGAGUUGCGUCGCCGCACGAAGAAUUGGGGAAUCCACGCUAAGCAAGAAGAAAUCGAGGUUGAUUUCAAAGAGCUGGUCAUCAACAACUUCUCUCGCCCGCUUAAACUGCUAUUCUACGAGCCUUUGAUCCUGGCUGUGACAGUCUACCUCAGCUUCAUUUAUGGGCUUCUCUACUGCUUCUUGACAGCCUACACUCUUGUCUUCCAGCAGGUGUACGGUAUGAAUGCCGGCGUCGGUGGCCUGCCCUUAUUCGGAAUGAUUAUUGGCCUGUUCCUCGCUGCAGCAUACAUCAUUUUGACUGCCCCAUCUUACGUUAAGAAGCUGGAAAAGAAUGGAAAUGUUCCGGUCCCCGAGUGGCGUCUUCCGCCAGUGAUGGUAGCAGGUGGUAUGUUCGCUGCUGGGCUUUUCUGGUUCGGCUGGACAGGAUUCAGCGGUACCAUUCACUGGAUUGUGCCCACGCUGAGCGGUCUGUUCACUGGCUUUGGUCUGUUGAUCAUAUUUAUUCAACUGUUCAACUACCUAAUUGAUACCUAUCUUAUGUUUGCCGCAUCGGCCAUCGCUGCUAAUACAUUCUGUCGCUCAAUGGUUGCGGCAGCCUUCCCUCUUUUCUCCCGUCAAAUGUUUGAUGGUAUGGGUAUCCAAUGGGCGUCCACCUUGCUUGGCUGUGUCGCCGCUGUUCUGGUCCCGAUUCCAAUUGGAUUCUACUUCUUUGGCAAAAGACUGAGAAUGAAGAGCAAGUUCGCUCCUUUCUUUGAGCCCGCCCAGGAAUCCUGCGCUGUGGAACCCGAAGAAGAAAUGGAAAGAAACUGA